CUUCGUGUUACAUCCCUGUGCUGUGAACAUCAUCUUGUGAACAUUACAACUGGGUAGUUUGAGUGUUUCUGUGAUCAGCUGUGUUUCUCAUUGGAUUCAUUGAUUCAAAAGACACUGUGUACCGAGAACAAAGCAGAACACAACAGAAGAUAUUUUGAAGAACGCUGGUAACCAAAACCCCAUUGGACCCCAUUGACUAGAAUGGACAUGACCAACCCUUGAGACAUUUCUGUUCCACAAGAAAAAAAAGAGUCACAUACAGGUCACUUUACAUCCACAGGAGAGUUCCCGGUUUGUAGUCCACACAGAGAACCAGGCAGUCACUGGUAUCCUAAAUCAAUGUCCACAAAACCACCGGCAGUAUUUAGCCAGCUUCUGGCAUGCAACGUCAAUGUCCUGCAACUCGUAGCAACGUCCAGUCAGUCGCCGAUAGGUAGGGUCAAUGACCACACUCGUCGCAGCGUUCAGUCACAGUUAGGCAUGUCCAUUAACACUGAGACACAACUUGCUCAGGGCGUCUUCACGUGUCAUUGGAUCCUUGCGCAUCCGGGCUGCCUUUAGGCACUUCCACAAAGUCCGACAUGCUCGGAACCACACGAACCAGUGGCCAACACUCCUAACAUCCUCACUUUAUUUAUCUUAACCCAACACUAUCUAGAUAUCUAUGUUGCCUAUUGGCCCUAUUGGCCUCUAGCAACACACAGCGUCCUGACUGAGAAUCAUCCCUGAGCGCAUUCAGCCCAUCUGCAUCUUUUCCAGGUUUGCCGGUUCCCUGAUCUUCCCAGGUCGCCCCUCGGACUCGGACUCGGACUCGGACUCCGACUCUGGACGCCUUGUCUCUCACAUCAGGUCCCUUAAAUGUCCUCUCCGUCCAAUCACCCGUUAUUGAUUCUCAAGAGGAGACAGCGGGCUCAUGGGAGCAGAUCCAGCAAACCAGACCCCCUUACACAACCCAGGUCAUACGAAUCCCAUAUGAAUGGUGUUUGUUUUUCAAUCCCCUGCGACCUGUUCCAUCUUUGUGGCCACACCCCUGCAGACAAUACCUGGCUAUCUACUUUCACAGAGCAUUUAUUGACUUAAAAUCUGAAUCAACGGCACCAUUCUUUUCCACAGACAUUUUCCUGACACAUUCAAGGUCAGCGAUGUAUGCUAAAGAACAAAAUGAUGGGACCUCUACCAAGACCUCUAGGACCUCACAGUGCACUCAAACCUUUGCAAGUUUUAAAAGAAAACGUGAUGAGUCACCAGAUAUCACCAGCCAGUCACUGCUAUCCACAGAUUUAAUCAUGAAGCAGACAAAGGACAUCAUCAAAAAUAUUCAUAGUAAAAUUCCAGACGAAGACUCAACUCACCUAAAAUCCUAUAUUGCACAACAGAUUUUAAAUAUGGAUAAAAUGAACAAAUCCAAUAAAAACAGGAAGAAGAUAGCCUUAGGAGUUUUUGGAAGAUCAGGAGAAGGUAAGAGCUCGCUUUUAUGUGCAGUCCUCGGAGAGAGAUAUCUACUUCCAUCCGGUUCUUCUGGUGCAUGUACAGCCAUUACUACACAAGUGGAAGCAAAUCUGUGUGACUCCAACUACGCAGCUGAUAUUGAGUUCAUUUCUAAAGAGGACUGGGAUGAUCAGUUCAAAGAUCUUUUGCUAGAUUUAUCUGAUGAAUGUGAGGACAAGAAUGAUGACAUAAAUAAAAUUGCAAUAGAAAAGAUUACUGCACUGUAUGGUGCUAAUGCACACAAAAAAAAAUAUGACGAUCUCAGGAAAGACGCCAGAUCUGCUGAUAUUGACAAGCUUUUGUUGAUGAAAGAGAAGAUCAUUUCAAAAGUUAACACUGAUGACUUUGCCAAGGAGAUUUCAUAUUACAUACAGCAUACCUAUAGUAAAUCAAACACUGGUGGCUGGUACUGGCCACUUGUGAAGAGUGUGACCAUAAAGAUUCCAAACUGUCAAGAACUCUUGGAGCACAUUGUCCUCGUCGAUCUUCCUGGGACUGGAGACUGCAACAAAAUCAGAGAUAACCUAUGGAAAUCUAAACUAAGGGAGUGUUCUUCAGUAUGGAUUGUUAGUGGCAUCCAUAGAGCCAUCAGUGAUGAAGACCCCUGGGAGAUAUUAAAGCAGUGCAUUUAUCACAUGACCCAAGCAGGAGAGUGCAAAAGCAUUAAAUUCAUCUGUACCAAGAGCGAUGACAUAGAUCCAGAAGAAUACACCAGAAAUGAAUGGCCUACAGAUGAAGAAGUACCAGACAGGGAUUUAAAAGCAGCAUGUAUACGUAAAAGAAACAUCUCUGCUAAAGAGACAGUGAGAGAAAGCUUUGAAAAUUCUAAAUUAAAGAAAAAAAUGUCACUCAACGUUUUUACUGUAAGCUCAAGGGCAUUUUUUGACAAAACAUUACAUCUGGAACGGAGUGACACAGAAAUCCCACAACUGCAGGAUGUUCUGAGAAAUCUUAACAACAGCGUUAAAAGAGAACUGGCCAGAGAUUACGUCAAUGAGGCAAAGGGAAUUUUGGCCUUGAUCUGUGUGCAGUCGGAUACAGAUGAAAAUAUGGUUCACAAAGAAUUUGAGAAGAACCUAUCUAAGGCACUGGAGAGGUUGGACUGUCAGUUUGAUGUGCUUCGUUGUGUCUUGGAACAGUGUCUCACAUAUGGAGUGGAAGACUCACAGAGUUUGUGUCUUAAGAGUGCACGAUCCAUAAUAUCACCUGAUUUACCUCAUGGCAACAGAGGAUUCCAUAGAAUCCUUAAGGCUAUGUGCAAUAACAAUGGCUACCAUUGGUCGAAAGCAUGGAAUAGAGAUUUAGAUCUAAACAUGGAAUUGGCCCAACAGAUGCAUAAAAACAUUGAAGAGGAGUUUGAUUCAAUUUUUCCAGUCCAUGGUAAAACAGGGAAAUCAGUGCAAGAACAGAUUGAUAAAUUUAGUGUCAUCCAAUCUGACACUGAGGACCCCAGUUCUAACAUGUUACAUCACACUGAGAACUUCAUCAAAACAGAGGAAAACAAACUCAAGAUAAAGCUCAAAAGAGAAGUUGUUGAAAGAAAGAAGGACAUUCACUUAUCCAUUCAAAUGACAAUUAAGGAUGCAAUGGCUCCGUACUAUAAAAGAGCUGCAAAAUUCACAGGGACAGGAUCCAUGAAGAAAAUGCAGAGUACCCUGACAGAAGGAAUUGAGAAUUUAAAACAUGAGAUGUUCAAAGACGCAAAAGAUAAAGUGCUGGAGGAGUUUAGCCGUCUGGAGGAGUACAUAAAAGAAGCUCUUAACUCUGGAAUACAGAGUUCAAUAAGACUCUUGCUUUCAGGCAAAAUCACAAUGCCGGAUAUCUCUAAACACACUACAGAGCUUGAGAACCUGUUAAAACAACUGUCUGACUGAGGUCAAUGAGAAGACAAGAGAAGCCAUUCAAUUCAUAUGAGACAAGACACAUGGCAUUCUUCAGUUGUUGUUUGAUGAAAUUAGAUUUUUUUUUAAAUUGUCUGUUUGCAAGCAUUUUGCUAAAUAUAUAUCCAUUCUCUGAAUUACAUUAUUUCUCUUACUUAAAAUAUUUCAUACAUUUAUCAGAAUUGGGGAUUACCUGUAUACUUCUAAAGUUAUACUGCACAUGCACACAAUGUGUAUUUAUUGUGUAAUGGUUUAAUUUUGUGUUUGGUUACUCCUUUGUUUGACGUCAGAUUCCAUGCUUCUGAUUGGCCAACACAGCUUUAUGGUUAGGGUUAUAUACCUAUUCGUUUUUCAUGCUCUUGAGAAAAAAUUAAUAGCAUGUUUUUGCGAUUUCAUGAGGACAAGAUUUUUUAAAGGAAGAGAAAACCUACUUGUUGACUAGGCCUCAGAUAUGUGACUCAUGCAGCACUGAUUCUGUGCACAUGUGCUGUUAAUCCUGGUCACUCUAUCGUGUGUUUCUUGUUUUGUUUGGUAUUCUGUGUCUUGUUAUGGAUGUUUAUAGGUUUCAUUGUUAAUGGAUGUUUUUCUUUGGAUUAUCUCUGGUACUUUGGGACACAUUAGAAUGGCAGUCAUGGACUAUUUAACACUAAACUUUACGGGACACCUUUUCCCACUUGACACUUCAACUUUGUCACUAUUGUUACUUGCACUCAUUAUUAGGAAAAAAUAGUUUUCGUUAUCAAUAGAGAUCUUCAAUUUUCUAACUCUUUAACGCUAGAUUAAAUUAAGCAAUUAAAUGUAUAAAUAUGUAGGAACUCACUUUUGGUAAUUAAAUACGUUUUGGUCUAUAAUGUUCA